AUGGCGAUGGUGGAAGAAGGCCAACCAGCCGCGUUGGAUGAGGAGAUAUCCGCUGUGCGCGAAGAAAUUCGAAAACUCACGGCGCGAAGACAAAUCCUCUCGGCCAGUCUGCUGUCUAGUAGUACAGUUAGAAAUAGCCUUGAGUCGCAUCUCCUGAGCCAGGUCGAUUCUGGUGCGCCAUCUGCCAUUGUCGAGUCCGGGAGACACGCCGAGACAAACCACCAUCGCAUAGUGUUUUCAACUACUUCAUUUCCAUUCAAAGACCCAUCACCUCAUACAGACUCGCCUGAACUAUUGGGCGUUCGAAUUGAUGUUAAUGUUCGUGAUGGUACCUUUGUGAAGCCAUAUUAUCUACUCCUUAGACGCACAGGAGACGAGCGCAAGUCGCUACAAAUACACCGGCAUACCAUACCAGUUUUCAUACCGCUGAAGCAUCUGGAACAGAAAUAUCUCCCGGGACAGGCACCGAAUGAUGACUCCGAUGGGCUAUUGAAGCCGUGGAAAAGAAAGAAACAAAACCUCAAGGGCUUGGUACGGGAACUGCGCCGAGAGCUUGUCACAUGGCACCUGCGGAGAGAUGUUAUUAUUUUACUACAGGAACAACUGGGCAUCCUCGACUUAAAUUCGAAUGAUAUACCCACUAGUACGCCUGCGCAUAAACUCGGAAUAUUGUCCGUCGCUGCUGCGUCGAUUGAAGCUAGGUACAUACGCUUCCAGUGGCAGGAUGGACGCAUAGGCAGAGUCAAGGUAUGCAAUCGGGGCUUGGUUGAAAGGGUUAUUAUCAUAGGCGACAAUGGCCGUGACAAGAUAACUGAAACGACGAUCGCUGGGGGUGAUUUUCGAGCUGAAGGUAUCGUGCAACGGCUCCUUGACAGCAAAACAUAA